AUGGUACGUUUUGUUUUCAAGUGGAGGUCCGCUUUGCCUGAAUGGAUGAGUUUUGAACGGAAUCCCUGCCUUUCCACAAACACCGCUUUUGUUUUCGAAAAGCUUUACUUCCUUUUUUUGUCCCUGGGAUUGCAAUUUUCGAGGUUUUGUUCAAUAGAAAAAACUCAAAAACUAGAUUAUAAAACGGAUUUCCAUAAUGCCCUCAACAUCGAAAAACAUUUGUUGCCAGAAACUGCCGCAGGGUUGCGAUUAGUCAAACUCAUUUCAUUUUGAAUUUUGAGUGGCCAUCUAGUUCUUCAAGUUCUGAACCUAUUCCAGCAGCUGCAGUACAGAUGACACUUUUCCUCAGUAGGUCAUAGCUUUUUUGAGCUCCUAGAAUGAAAUUUGUUUUACUAAUAAUCCAUUUAAUCAAGAAGAAAUUUCGAACCUCGGAAUAAUAUGAAGCCUCAUAAAUGCUGUGUUUCUCUCCUUUUUUGAAAUUUCUGAGACCUGAUUUCUAAGUUUAAAUGCUGCAAUUAAUUUUCAACAAGCUGGGUUCCAUAAUAUUUGGCACGGAGUAUUUUAUUGAAAUUUUUUUACUUCUUUACACAUUUUUUUCAUUCUAAUUCAAAGAACGUUUGUCGAAUAUGAAAUCAUAUAAGAUUAUAAUACUAUUAUUCUUAUUUCGAGUUUCCAGCAUUUUGCACGUAAACAGCCCAUCAAUUAGAUCCAAAAAGUUUUCCCAUUUUUUUUCAAAAUUAAAUUAUUUUAAUUGAGCUUCAAACUCUCGUUAGCUGCAACUUCUAAUUUAUAAGAGAAGAUUAAGAUCCAUCUCUAACAAGUUCCAAAGUUAAUCAGUUUUUCUCCAAUCUUUGUUAGCUCAACUUCUAGUUUUCAUAGUUUCAGUAGAUCCGGGAAUAAAAGAUUAUUAGGGCAAACAUCGUUUCUCCCAAAAUGCAGCUUUCAUUUUUCUAGUUAUCAUGUUCAUUGGCCUUUGUUUGUUAUUCUAUUGACCUUAAGCAAGAAGUAGUCGCAAGCUGACCCUAGAAAAUUAAUCAUUCCGGCACCAACGUGCAAUUAGCGACUCUGAGCCGUUUGACUGGCCGAGUCUGCAGCAGGGCGGGCGGAUAAAUGUCGCGCUGUGUGACAGACACACGCUUUCGCGCACUAAUCUCCGGACUCGUUACACAACGGCGAGGCCGUCGGCCAACUUGCCGGCCUGAUCGCCGGUACUGCAAUGGCUUGUAUAUCAUCUGAGAACGGCUUACAUACCCUACCACUUACGAGCCUCCCACAUACUGCUAUUGAUUUGUGCGACGCGCUUUGCAGCCUGCGGUCCGACCAAAAUACCCCUUUUCCUUUAUUCCUUUGGCCUCCAGAAACCAUCAACUUUUCAUAGGAGAUAGAUGUCAACCUAUUCACAACAUGCUAUUUAUAUUCCCAGUUUUUUUCACACAACCUCUGAGUUAUCGCCGCUCUGAUCGCGUGUACGUCUUUCCGCUUCAGAUCUUUUUUCCUCGUUUUUGUCAUUCGAAAAGCUGUUUCAACGGCCUCUCACCCUCUUUACAUUUUCUCUCGAAAAUUUUUAGUUGAAACUUAUUUCCCAGCCAUUCUCAAAGUUUUCUCUCAGUAGACUACAAUAUGGUUAUUUCAGUCUACUAAGACCUAGCCGCUCAAAAAAAAACCAGAAAAUGAUCCAAAAAGCAAACCCUAAUCCUUUUUCUUGCAACUUUUUAUUGAAAUCACAGCCUUUUAUUACACUAAAAUUUACAGAUAGUUCUUAAAAAUAAGGAUUUUCUCAAAAAACUUAGAAGUAUCCUCAAAGCAUCAAUCUGCAUUAACUUUAAUAUUUUGAGCGUAAUAGCGCUUCGAAUUUAUGUUAUCUUGGAAAAAUUGAUUGUCAGAAAGUAUUUAUUUCUUGUUGAUUAAACGGUUUGUAAACUACACUAAUACACGCAAUGAUGUGCAUGAAAUCUCCAAAUCUGAGAAAUAUAACAAAAAUAAAAGAAGUCAGUUCCAGACAGUCGCGGGAGGCUUUUACCUUGGCACUAUUCCAUCGAGGUGUAUACUACUCGUGGCCACCUACCUGCUUCUCGCAGGAUGGGUGGCAAAAGCUGACAAACGACAUUUCGCUGGAGAGGUUCGUCCUUUCGAAUUGCUUGUAUCCUGUCGAGAAACACUUUGAUAGAGGCCCGAGUCUCCAGAGACUUUGAAUUUGCAAUUUUCCGUCGUUCUCAGAUCCGAAAUCGGGAUAUGCAACUUUGUUGUUCAUCCAAUUUAAUGCGGUGUAAUAAACGUGGAAGACUGAAAUUCCGAUUUCAAAAAAAAAAUCUUCUCUUAGUCAUUUCGAGCUAAUAAAACGUUUUAAUGAGAAGAGCUGAUAUCUUUCUGACUUCAUUUAAUAACUAGUUUCUCAGUUCUUUCAUCAAGUUUUUUGGCUCUUUGUGUGCAAAUUGAGCCGUUGUUCAAGGCAAUUGAUGCGGAGCUUCUCUGCGAAGGGCAGCUCGCCGAGCACGCGGCUUGUCAGUGCAGACAAGUCGAAGGCGACAUCUCCUGCAUCAAUGCUCAAUUCGUCGACACCAACAUUUUUGUCGACAUUGCAAAGAACUACAAGUAAGAGGAAAAAGCUAAAAAUGAAGAUUUGAUUUUCUGACACAAUGAUCUUUCCAUGAUUAUUUUGGAAAGUAAUUUGGUUUUGCGUAUUCGCAAUGAAAUCCCGUCCAAGAAACGAUAGUUACUCUUUGUAGUUUUUUUUCAGAAAAGUUCAAUUUAAUUUGGUUUGCAGAAAUUACGGAGAAGUUUUCUGUGGUAUAAUUACCGCUUACCCAGUGAAUAUCCCGACAUGAGAGCAAAUUAUUGCACUUUUUUGGGAAUCGUCUUUAAAAAUAUUCUCUAUUUGAUUGUUCUCAGGAACGCUGAGGGAAAUUUAUAUUCUUCUAGGUCUCUGCAAAGUGUGACGUUCCACGGGAACAACUUCCAAGAUUUGCCUCAAGACCCACUUUUUGGGCGCGGCACCCACGACUUCUUAUUGCGUCUCAACAUCUCAGCCAAUUACAUCGGUAUUCAGCACUUGCAUGAAAAAAAAAAACAAAAAAACUGCUUUUUACAGUCAAUUUGAAUCCCAACGCCCUAAGAGGGAUGCCGAAUCUGCAAAUUUUGGACAUGUCCAACAAUGAAAUCGUGCUCAAGCCUAGCGAUGUCGAGUUUUUAUCUCAUACACCGGCUCUUACUCAGGCAAAAAAAAAAACAAGAACCAGACGAAUUGAGCGAUAAUCUUGUUUUUAGUUGUACCUACGAAGAGCGUUCACAUCCACUGUAAACAGAACCAUCCAGUUUAAUCAAAUGCUGGAAAUGUUUCAGAAAGCAAAACUCAACAAUCUCCAGGUCUGUUUCAGGAGAUCUGUAGAGAAAUCUCAAGAACAGUAGUUUCAGAGAACUUGAGAAUGUCAACGUCAAUAUUCUUGCUCAAACUUUAAUACAAUCUUAUUUACAGGUGCUCGAUCUCUCGUAUAAUUAUCUUCAGUCAGUUCCCUAUGGACUGGCCUGUCCAUUUCCUUCACUUCACACACUUGACCUUCGGCAAAACUUCCUGAAAAGUUUCGAUGUUAACGUCACUUGCAUCAAAAAUCUUCACACCAUCAAUCUCAACAGGUACGAACGUUUUUGCGACAACCCAAGGUUGCGAUUUGCUUCCCAUGUCAUGAAUUUUUUAGCGCCACGUUCUGCGUGUAUGGAAAAAUAUAUGAAUAUUUUGGUGGUAGUGAGGAAUCGAAAAAUGAAACUGCGAAAACACGUUGCGAAUUUUUAUUCAAGAAAAAAAAAGAAGUUAUCAUUUCACUGUAGUCAUGUUUGAAAUAAGCGAAACGAUUUAUGGCAUGCACCUCAGUUUCACAGAAACAAACCUAAUUCUCAAACCUCUGUUUAGAUGCAUCGCUAUACACAUAGGCUAGAAGCUGAACAACUUUCAAGAAAAAGUUUUAGUUAAUUCUAUCUUUUCGCAUAGUAUUUGCGAAUAAUCUAUCAAAUAAGAAGUUUUUCAGCCAAUACUUUCGACAAAAAUGAAAAAUCAGUUCAGAAGUUCUUAGAACAUUGUUUAAUCAUUGAUAAAUUUUAUUCUGUGCAGAAACUCGUUUCACACUAUCCCGACAAGUUUUCAAAAGAUGGCCGACAGUCUUGCUCCACAAACGUUCCUGAUGCGUAACCCGUUGUACUGCGACUGCGAGAGUCACGAGUAUAUUGCUUGGAUUCGAUCCACCAACGCCGUCAGUUUGUUUGUCUUUUUCCGCGCAGAUCAAAUUUUGUUUAUUAAAGUAGUCUAAACAGUUUGAAAGCAACCCAAUGAUUAAUAGAUGAGCUAGUUUCUCAAGCACGACUUUUUAUAUUAUCGAAUAUAAAGGGAGACUCGAUUCUACUAACUGAAGAGACUCAACUUCGUUCCACAAAGAUGGCAAGGAUACUCUGUAAAUAUGAGAAGUUCUCUGAAAAUCAAUUAGUCGUUUAAAAAAGGCAGAAGUGGUUUGUACGAAAGCUGAGAGAGAUUGUUUGAAACAAAACUCAUACACGUUUAACUUUUUCAGAAAGGCUAUCCAUCAAGAAUAAAAUGAAUAAUUAAUUAUUGAUAGAACUUUCAGUUGCGAGACAGAAACUCACUAGUUUGUUCUCGGGCCAGUCCAAAGAACUACGAGGGUGUGCGAGCAAUGGAAGUUCAAGUGGAAAAGCUGACGUGCAACGAGCGUUUCAUAAAAAGCUGUCAUCAGAUGAAUUUGCCAUUAUUUGUUUUCUUCCUUAUAGUUUCUUUCAUUUUCUGA